AUGAAUCAUGUUUAUAAAUAUGAUCGCAAAUUCCAACAAAUCGGACUUCCUACCAAAUUAAUUACAAGCUUAGCCGCUACAUCUGCUGACGCAACAGUUGAUGAUGUUAUUAUUUCAUGCACAAAGAUGGAAGUUUUAGAGGAUAAAUGUAUUACACCAGGAUACGGUUUAAUUGAAGAAUCAGUUAAAGCAAUACCACGUUUAUUCAGUAAGGAAGAUCUAUUCAUGAUUCCAGCUCAACAUAUUGACGUUCGUUCACUAAAUGGAGGUUGCAUCACUCCUGAAGGUAUCAGCUCAGAUUUCUCAUACGCUCUUCAUAAUGUUACAGAUGUUGUGUUAACAUUUCCGAAAAAUGCAAUGCAAAGAACAGUUUUAGAAAAUCCAAUGCUUCGAGGUCUUCAGGUCACUAUAGAUUCCAGAAACUUCCCCGAUCAAGCGAUGACCACAGUGGGCGACAUAUUCUUUACACGUAUGCUUCAAGCUUCUGAUUUAGAUGGAGUGAAUGAAUGCACGGAAGAAUACGAGGACUCAUUAACUAGACCACUGAAUGCAGAUGAUGGCACGCCAUUAGCUAGAACAUGGAAAGACCAAACUUCAUUCUUAUGCACUAUUCCAGUUCAACGUGAUGGAGCAGGUAUAUUCUUUGAUGGAUUAGAAACUUUCAACUCACAAGUUACAGUACAAGUGAAAGCUUAUCCAAUCAUUCAGGGUGUAAAUGACACUUACUGUUCAAAGGUGACAAAUCCUCCUCAGGUUUGGUUUACUAGGACUACGUAUUGGACAUGGACACCGGAUGAAGGUUUGAAAUAUCAUCCAACAGGUACACCACCACAGUAUAGAAGUUCAUAUGAUGAAAUAUUGAUGAAUAGAAAUGUUUAA